UAAAAGUCUCAUAAGUGUCUCAACUCUCGGACUGACAAGAUCGUUAAAAUUGUAAAAAUUAAUAAAAGACAAGAUAAUUCAGCGUUGUUAUUUACAAGUACUCAUGAUUUUUAAUUAAGAUCAAGAUGAAGUACGCAUUAAUAUUGGCGUUUUUAGCUCUAAUUGGAGCAACAACUGCUAUUCAAGAUUACGCGGUAAACAGACAAGGACUCCAUCAUGGCAUUGAGAUGCAUCAUUCGUACAGUAGGGUAGCCACAAAUGCGCAUUCUGGGCACGAAAUUCCCGUACAAAGGCUUCAAGCGCCUCCAAUUCCAGUUGGGAAUGCUCCUGCGACGCCCGAAGAAAUAAACGCACUCGAGGAGCCAUCGACAGUGGCGCAAGAAAAUCUCCUUGCCGAUAUGCAGCCCGUUGGAACGGAAUGUCCUCCUCGUGCGACGGGAGUUUUUCCGCAUCUCAUCAAUUGCAAGCAAUAUUUGAACUGCUACAAAGGCAAAGGCAGCGUUCAGACAUGCCCGCCGGGCACUCUCUUCAAUCCCGAGACAAAACUUUGCGAUAAUCCGACAAAGGUUAAGUGUGUAACCCUCAGUCGCACUGAUAACAAAUACCAAAGAGAACAACAAAACGCGAAAGUAGCGCAAUAUAAUCAAUUCCAAUCGACUCGUAAUACCAAUCAACGCAGUAGCGCGCCCGACGUUGAAGUUCAAGAGCUUCCAUCGUACCCGCAAAAGACAUCACAGCUAACUUCUCGCAUGGGAAGAACACGAGAACAAGACUAUUUAGACGAAGAAGACACGGAUUUGGCUGCUGAUGAGUCUGUUCAGAAUAGAAAUGGAGCUUAUGAACCAAGUUGUCCUCCUGAUGCUGUUGGGAGACAUUUGCCGCAUCCCUUUGACUGCGCGAAAUACCUUCAUUGUGACAUCACGGGAACAUUUAUCCGAGAUUGUGGGCCCGGAACGCAUUUUAAUCCCGAAAUGGAGGUUUGUGAUUGGCCUCAGAACGUAAAUUGUGUGUUGCAGGAACAAGGAGGAAGUUAUAAAAAGCCAAAAGAAUUGGAAAUUCCCUCGACAGUCGAUUACGAUGAUGAAAUGUAUUCAGGAAUUGGUAGAAUUGACAUGAGAUUUUCGAAAGAUAAUGAACAUUUGCACAAUAAAGGACCUGCUGGAGCAGUUUUUAUUCCUCAUAACACGAGAAAUCAACCGAAUUAUUGGACAACGACACAAAAACCGUAUACUAGAUUCGAAAAUGGAAGACCUAAUUAUGAUCAAUUACCACAAGAAUCCGCUCGAGCAUAUCCUCGCGUUGAUGAACAAGUCUCCAGAGCUCAUCAGGCUCCAAUUUAUACACGCCCGAGACCUCCAGCGAAGGUCGAACGGCGUCAAUUCUUCACAACGACAACAACAACCACGGAAAAGACUCCGGAAAUCGUAACGCCAAAGGAAGCUGUGAUGUCUAUGAACAACUACAAUCGCGCUUAUUACAACCAACAAAAAUUGAAAUACAACGAAGAAGAACUUCCCGUCACGGGAGACAUGUCAACGUUAAGCGACGCCCUUAAAAUGCUCUUAAAACCUUACAUCAAAGAAAAAGAAGUCAACAUUUCGAUACCGAUCGAGACAAAAAUGGGCACCGAACAAAAAGACAAGUCCGUAAAUUACGAAGUGAGCGAAGAGCAACAACAUCUCGCCGGAGGACAACAAUGGAUCGACUCGAGUAACGAAAAUGUCGAAGUAGAAUUGCCCACAACGACAACGACAACAACUCAAAGGCCUCAGUAUCAUCAUCAACACAACCAUCCACGAGGUCAUUUCCAACAUUCGCCCGAAUGGCAUGCAAAUCACGGCAAUAAUCGACAUCAUACGCAUCACGGACCUCAUCAAGGCGCUCACAAUCCCGAAUGGCAUCGCCGAAACGGCAUUCCGAUGCCUGAAACGCGUUACAAUCCACGCGAAGGACCUCGUCAACACACUUAUAACCGAAAUAAUUAUCCAACUACGACAACUACAAACACUCCAGAUAUCCCGAUACCCGAUGAAGAAGCUGUCAAACCCACACAACCCACAAUUUACUUCUAUAGAGAUCCAAAAGCUGUGAUUCCGCUUCGAACGACGACUCCCAAACCACAAAUUUGCGAAGGACACAAAUGCCCGAAUGGAAAAUGUAUUGACCAAACAGCGGUUUGUGAUGGGAAAAACGAUUGCGGUGACAGAUCUGAUGAAGCAACAUGUCCCCGUUUAGGAUAUGAAGUUCGUCUUUCGAAUGACAAAGGAAAAAAACACGAAGGACGAGUCGAAGUUAAAGUUUACGAUGUUUGGGGAUACGUUUGUGAUGACAAAUUUGAUAUAAAAGCGGCAAAUGUUUUAUGCAAAGAGCUCGGAUUCGAAAUGGGAGCUGCAGAAUUGCGUCUCGGAUCACAAUAUGCUCCAAGUGCGGGCUUAACUGAUGGCGAAGACACGAUUUUUAUCAUGGAUGAGGUCGAAUGCAAGGGAAAUGAGACAUCUUUGAAGGAAUGUGACUUUAAUGGAUGGGGCGUUCAUGAUUGCAAUGCCGAUGAAAUUGUUGGCGUUGUUUGUAAAAUCCCAAUUAUGAAGUGUCCUGCGGAUUAUUGGUUGUGCGAAAUGUCACAAGAAUGCAUUCCAACGGGAUUUUUGUGUGAUAAUGUGUACGAUUGCUCCGAUCAUUCGGAUGAAAGUCCCAAACAGUGUAAUGCUUCGUUGGAAAUUCGAUUGGUUGAUGGCGCAUCAAAGCACGAAGGACGAGUUGAAGUCAAAUAUCGCGGUAUUUGGGGAACGAUUUGUGAUGAUGACUUUACAAAGGAAGCUGCUGAUGUAAUUUGCCGCCAAUUAGGAUUCGAAGGCGAAAGUACAGUUGUAAAAAGCAAAUUUGGUCAAGGAAAGGGCCCAAUUUGGCUGGAUCAAGUCAAAUGUAUAGGAAAUGAAACCACGAUCGACGACUGCGUUCAUUGGCAAUGGGGCGAGCAUAAUUGUGCACACACAGAAGAUGUCGGAGUCAAAUGUUUCGAUGGAACUCAAAGAAUCGCUCGCACUCAAACCAGCAAGACAAAAGGAAAGCUCCAAACACGUUUCGAAGACUUCCCGUACGCAGAACGUUCGUCGAAACUGCUUCCCGAGCAAUGUGGUCGCGUAAAAGUCGACUUAAAGAAGGAACAAUAUCAUGAACGCGUCGUUCAAAGUACCAAAACUCAACGCGGCGAGAUUCCAUGGCAAGCGAGCAUUCGCGCGAAGAAAGCAGGCAUUUCCGCUCAUUGGUGCGGCGCCGUGUUAAUCUCUCGUUAUCACUUAAUAACAGCUGCUCAUUGUCUCACCGGGUAUCCAAAAGGAGCUUAUAUGGUCCGUUUAGGAGAUUAUCGCUCAGAUGAAGUUGAACCAUCGGAAAUUGAGGUUUACGUUGAAAAUUUGUACAUUCACGAGGAUUUCCGUAAAGGACAACAUAUGAACAACGAUAUUGCCAUCGUUCUCCUAAAAUCGCCAAUUCGGUUCAAUUCGUACAUUCAACCUGUUUGUCUUCCAGACAAAAAAGCUCCGUACACACCUGGAAUGAACUGCACAAUUUCCGGAUGGGGCGCCAUUCAAUCGGGAAGUAUGUCAACAUCAUUCGAUCUCCGUGCAGGCAAAGUCCCGAUACAGCCCAUGCACAUCUGUAAACAACCCGGAGUCUAUGGCGAAGCUAUUACUGAAGGCAUGUUCUGUGCCGGAAGUUUAUCUAAAGGCGUUGAUGCCUGUGACGGCGACAGCGGAGGACCAUUGGUGUGCGAAUCGAACGGAGUCAACACCCUUUAUGGCAUCAUCUCGUGGGGACAACAUUGCGGCUUCGUGAAUAAACCAGGAGUUUAUGUGAAAGUAUCGCACUACAUCGACUGGAUCGAGCAGAAAUUGGAACACUCAAAACACACAUUUGGUGCAUAAGACGAGUUAUUUUUAGAUAAUUUUUUUUUCAUGGGAGUGCCAUACAGCAGCUACAACAUUGAAAAACGUAAAAAUAAGAUGAAAGAUGCCAAAAAUUUACUUGAUAAAUAUUUUACUUAGUCAUAAUACCACUUGUUUGUUGUUUUGUCGUGUCUUGUCUUGUUAUGCUCUUUCUCUCUCCUGUACUUUUUUAUAUUUUAUUUUAUUUUAUUAGUAGGUACAGUAACAACAACGGUUAGCAAUAAAGAAAAUUUAUUUUAUAGCUAAAGGGGGAUCGUCU